CGGCUCUUAGGCGGCGCGGCGAGGCGGUGGGCGCAGUGCCGGUGCUGCCGCUGCCCCCGGUGCUCCGAUCCCCACCGCCGCCGCCUCGCGCCCCACCGCUGCCGCUGCCCCACCGCCACCAUGGAGGCCAUCAAGAAGAAGAUGCAGAUGCUCAAACUGGACAAGGAGAAUGCCAUCGACCGUGCCGAGCAGGCGGAGGCUGACAAGAAGCAGGCAGAGGAUCGCUGCAAGCAGCUGGAGGAGGAACAGCAGGGCCUGCAGAAGAAGCUGAAGGGCACAGAAGAUGAGGUGGAGAAAUACUCUGAAUCUGUCAAGGAGGCCCAAGAGAAGCUGGAGCAGGCGGAGAAGAAAGCCACGGACGCUGAGGCUGAGGUGGCUUCUCUGAACCGCCGCAUCCAGCUGGUGGAGGAGGAGCUGGACCGGGCCCAGGAGCGCCUGGCCACCGCCCUGCAGAAGCUGGAAGAGGCUGAGAAGGCGGCAGAUGAGAGCGAGAGAGGCAUGAAGGUCAUUGAAAACAGGGCCAUGAAGGAUGAGGAGAAAAUGGAACUCCAGGAAAUGCAGCUGAAGGAGGCCAAGCACAUAGCGGAAGAGGCCGACCGCAAAUAUGAGGAGGUGGCCCGCAAGCUGGUGGUCCUUGAGGGAGAGCUGGAGCGCUCGGAGGAGCGGGCAGAGGUGGCGGAGAGUAAAUGUGGUGACCUAGAGGAGGAGCUGAAAAUUGUCACCAACAACUUGAAGUCUCUGGAGGCCCAGGCUGACAAGUAUUCCACCAAGGAGGACAAGUAUGAGGAGGAAAUCAAGCUUCUAGGGGAGAAACUGAAGGAGGCUGAGACCAGGGCAGAAUUUGCUGAGCGGUCUGUGGCAAAGCUGGAGAAAACCAUUGAUGACUUAGAAGACGAAGUAUAUGCACAGAAGAUGAAGUACAAAGCCAUCAGCGAGGAGCUGGACAAUGCGCUUAAUGACAUCACCUCCCUCUGAACCCCACACUGGGCACCAGCACUGCACCCCUGCCUGCCUUCCUCCCCCCCCAGCUCUGCCAUUUUGCCUGCCCGGCACCCUCUCCACUCCUACUGCCCACUCUGUCCCUACUCUGUCCCCUCUCUGUCCUUCCUGGCUUAUGGCCACUGGUCAACAGGAGUCGGCCUGGGGUAUUCAUAGCAGGUGCCACCCCUGCCCAUGGCAGGGUCUCUUCCAACCCUCUUCUUUAAGUUCUCCUCCAACCCCAGCCAUGCUGUGAUUCUAUUAAUUCUGUGUUCCCACAAGAUGAGGUGUAGGUGCUAUGGGGUGUUAAAGGGGAAGGGGUGCAUCCCCGGGACCCCACACCCCACGGGGAUGUGGGAGGAUGGAGCUAUGCCCAGGGGCCUUGUGUCCCGCAUUUCCCCCCAGCAGCACAAGCACUAGGGACUUGCCCCUCCAGCACAGCCAUCCCAGUGCUGCAUGCCAGGGGGGAUAUGGGAUGGAGGGGGGUGGUCCUGGUCCCAGGCAGACACCCCCACCACCCGCGCUCCCCUCCCUGCCUUGCCUCUGUCCUUUGCACAUUGCUUUUCAAGUUUGCAUUUUGCAUUUCAUGACUUUUUCUUUUCUGUUCUGUCCCUCUGGGUUACUGAGUUGGUCUCAAUAAAGCGUUUUCUCUCCUUGGUUUCUCCUUUGUUUUCUUCAUGCUGCUCUGGUUCUCCACGCUCAUCCUUCAUUUCCUGCUAUCUCAUGCAGGUGCCGGCAGCCGGGGGUGGUCUCAGGGACCCCAGCACAGCUGUGUCCCCACCACCCCUGGCUCUCGGACACAGCUUUCCUCAUUUUGUGCCACCUUCCAGACCCCACCUCCGUGACUUUCAGCCUAAAUUCAUAGGGCUAGACCUGGUCUGUCCAUUCCUCAUCUGUGCUCCCAGACAUCACAACAUCCUCUCAGCACUGACUGGCAUCUGUCCUCCACCACCCUCCCUGGCCGCAGGGGCUGUCUGUGGUGAUUUCUGGUCCCAGUCCUCCCUGAGCAUUCCACCCUACCCCACAGCCACGGAAUUGAUGGACCAGCAGCCCUAUGACUGGCUGCCUCCUCCUCCUGCUUCCCCUACUGCCCCCCCAGCAGCCAUGGGGUGCCCAGUGAAGGCUCUCGUGGGCAGUGCUGUCCCUUUGCUAACUCUCCUUUCUCUUUCUCUUCCCACUGCUGCGCUGAUGU